AAUUACAUUAAAUAAACUCAUCAAGUAUUAAAAAAAAAUAAAAAUUAUCAAGCAAAAAUACAAUGUAACUCUAACUCAUCAAAUGCCAAAACCUCAUUAUGCGUAUCUCUUUCUUGCACAUUCAAUCACCAGAAACCUUAAACUAUCUUUCACUGAUCCCUAUCCCAUUUUCUGCACUCAAGCAAAAUAAUGGAAUCAUUUCUUCCUUUUUGACAUUUUUUUGUUUCUAUGCACACUCAUUAGAACAUUCUUAUAUUCUCUUUAAACAAUCCCUUUCUUCAUAAAUUUUCAAAUUCCUUGCUUUUCUUUUCAGCUUCUUUUUCUCUUCUAUAUAAAUCACAGUAACCAACCCUUUCUAUUUCCAUUUCCAACUAACUUAACCGCCACUACAUCCUCUUCCAAAAAUCUAACUCCAAACUCACCAUGUUUAAGAAACUUGGAAGAAAAAUCGAAAGAGAAAUUACAAAACCCUUCAAACAUAAACCCCGACCAAGACCACCACCAUCUCAACCUCCUCCACCUCCACCUCUACCACCACCUCCGUCGCCUCCUCCGCCGCCAUCUCCGCCGCCACCUCAUAAGCAACCAAAUGCUCCAUUUCUCUUCCCUCAAGCUCUCUCCACAAUUCUCCCUGACCCUGCAACUUUCUUUGCUCCAAACCUUCUUUCUUCUCCACUCCCUACAAACUCUUUCUUCCAAAACUAUGUUCUUCAAAAUGGAGACACACCUGAAUACAUUCACCCUUACCUCAUCAAAUCCUCAAACUCCUCCCUCUCCCUCUCCUACCCUUCUCUCAGCUUCAACUCUUCUUUCAUAGCACAGGUUUUCAACCCUGACAUCACCAUCUCUUCCACUGAAAGCAAAACCACCCCAGGCUCUCACUCAAGGCACGUGAUCUCUUCCUUCAGUGAUAUGAGUGUCACUUUGGACAUUCCCUCUUCAAACCUCAGGUUCUUUCUUGUCAGGGGAAGCCCUUUUGUGACAGCAUCAGUGACAUGUCCCACACCGCUUUCCAUCACCACCAUGCAUGCCAUUCUUUCCCUCUCAUCCAAUAACUCCCUCACCAAAUACACCUUGCAGCUCAACAAUGGCCAAACAUGGCUCAUUCACACUUCCUCGCCGAUCAGUUUAAACCAUACCCUUUCUCAGAUUACUUCUGGUGAGUUUUCCGGAAUAAUUAGGAUAGUAAUCUUGCCUGAUUCUGACCCUAAGUACGAGGUAAUCCUUAAUAGGUUUAGCUCUUGUUAUCCUGUCUCUGGGGAUGCAGCAUUCACAAAUCCGUUCUGUGUAAAGUAUACAUGGGAAAAGAAAGGGUGGGGGGAGUUGUUAAUGCUAGCUCACCCUCUUCAUCUUCAGCUUUUGAAUGAUGGUGAAUGUGGUGUUACAGUUCUGCAUGAUUUGAAAUUCAGAAGUAUUGAUGGAGAGCUUGUUGGUGUUGUUGGAGACUCCUGGUUGCUGAAAACCGAUCCGGUUUCAGUUACUUGGCAUUCCACUAGAGGUAUAAAAGAGGAAUUCCAUGAAGAGAUUUUUUCAGUGCUUUCUGAAGAUGUGGAAGCUUUGAAUCCCUUGGGAAUAACAACAACAUCAUGCUACUUUUAUGGGAAGAUUAUAGCAAGGGCAGCAAGGUUGGCAUUGAUAGCUGAAGAGGUGGCUUUUUUCGAUGCGAUACCUAUGAUUGGGAAUUUCUUGAAGGAGAUCAUUGAGCCAUGGUUAGAUGGAACUUUCAGUGGAAACGGUUUUAUCUAUGAUGAGAAAUGGGGAGGGAUUGUUACUAAACAAGGGUCUAAAGAUUCAGGAGCAGAUUUUGGGUUUGGUGUUUAUAAUGAUCAUCAUUACAAUUUGGGGUACUUUCUUUAUGGAAUUGCGGUGCUUGCAAAGAUUGAUCCAGCUUGGGGAAGGAAGUACAAGCCUCAAGCCUAUUCACUUGUGGCAGAUUUCAUGAACUUGGGAAGAAGACCAGACUCUAAUUACACGCGUUUGAGGUGCUUUGAUCUGUAUAAACUGCACUCUUGGGCAGGAGGGUUAACUGAAUUUGCAGAUGGGAGAAAUCAGGAGAGUACUAGUGAAGCUGUGAAUGCAUAUUAUUCUGCAGCACUGAUGGGUCUAGCAUAUGGUGACACUGAACUUAUAGCCACUGGAUCAACACUUGCAGCAUUGGAAAUUCAUUCAGCUCAAAUGUGGUGGCAUUUGGGAGAGGGACAUAAACUGUAUGAGGAAGAUUUUACCAAAGAGAACAAGGUGGUAAGUGUUGUGUGGGCUAACAAGAGAGAUAGUGGACUAUGGUUUGCUCCUGCUCAAUGGAGAGAGUGCAGGCUUGGUAUUCAUGUUUUACCACUCUCUCCUAUUACUGAGGCCUUGUUCUCAGAUAUUGGUUAUGUGAAGGAACUUGUGGAGUGGACAGUGCCCAAUUUGAACAGAAAGUGUGUUGGAGAAGGGUGGAAGGGGUUUAUCUAUGCCUUGGAAGGAACUUAUGAUAAAGAAAGUGCACUACAAAAAGUAAGAGGCUUGAAAGUGUUUGAUGAUGGGAACUCAAUGUCUAAUCUUUUGUGGUGGAUUCAUAGCAGGGGUGAGGUGGAGGAGGAAUUUGGUCAAGGAAAACAAUGCUGGUUUGGCCAUUACUGCCACUGAACAUAUUCUUAACUGUAAACCAUCACCAAGUGUUAAGAAGGUGAAAAUUUUACUGGCUAAUUCUAAAAUCUUUCAGAGGCACCAAUAUUUUAGUGUUCAAGAAUGAGUGUGAAAGUUCAUAAUUAGUAUGAUUGUAAAGAUAGAGUUAAAUGAGAUAUUUUGUGUCAAGUAUGC